AAGAAGAGUUCAACGUAGGACACAACUGUCUAUGGACACAAGCUAUGUGUCAAAAUAUUGUUAUAUUAGUGCUUCUUCCAAACGUUUCAUCUGAUCUGAAGGUUAGAGCUCGACAAAAUUGAAAGACUAGCCUACAGGAAAUAAUAUUGUUUGGAUUGGACUCGACAACGACUUGAUCCGAUUUUUUGAAGGCCUGCUAGCAUUGUCACGGUUGUGUCCACUCAGGCGUGGGAGUUGGGCUUGAAUGCAGAAGACAGUUGCUGUCCUAGGGGGAGGGAUAGGGGGCCUGUCUGCCUGCUAUCACCUCAGUAAGAGUCCCCAUGUCUCCAAGGUUGUGCUGUUGGAGGGCAGUGGACGUUGUGGAGGCUGGCUAAGCUCCACGCGCAGAGAGGAUGGGGCAGUGUUUGAGCAGGGGCCGCGAGCGGUCCGCCCUGCAGGAGCAGUGGGGAAGAAUACACUCAACAUGGUGUCUGAGCUGGGACUAGAGAGCGAAGUGCUCCCUGUCACUUACGACCAUGUGGCCUCCAAAAACCGCUACCUCUAUGUCGGGGGACAGCUCCACAAGAUGCCGUCUAGUCUGGGUGGAGUGAUGCGGACAGUUACUCCUUUUUCCCGACCCAUCCUGCAAAGUGUGUUGAAGGAGGUCAUGAUUAAGAGAAGCAAGGAGGAGGACGAGUCCGUACAUGCCUUCGUCUCCAGAAGGCUAGGAUCUGAGCUAGCGGACAUUGCCAUUGACAGUCUAUGCCGAGGCGUGUUUGCUGGCGACUGCAGGGCCCUGAGCGUGCGCUCUUGCUUCCCUCCUCUCUACAAUGCCGAAAAGGCCAGAGGCUCCAUCGUGCUGGGCAUGGUGUUUGGCUCCGGAGUUGGCCCAACAGUGACCCCAUCCGACCUGGCGACGCGGUCCGCCAAGGAGUCAUGGGCUCAGUGGUCUUUGCGAAGAGGCAUGCAGAUGCUUCCGGAAGCUCUUGAAGAUUUCCUGAAGAGGAAAGACAAUGUGGAAUUGCACAGACACAGCCCGGUGCAGACACUGAAUGCUACUGGCACUGGCUGGGAGAUUAAGCUUGAAGAUGGAGCCACUGUGAAGGCUGAUCAUGUCAUUUCAGCAUUGCCUGCCAAUUCCCUGGCCUCGAUACUUCCCCCUGCUGCUCAACCCCUGUCACAACAGCUACAAGGGAUCUCCUCGGUGACAGUGGCCGUGGUGAAUCUGGAGUAUGAGGGUUCCGUCCUGCCAGUCACGGGCUUUGGGCACUUGGUCCCUUCCUCAGAGGACCGUGGGCUGUUGGGGGUGGUGUACGACUCCGUUCCCUUCCCACAACAUAACCGCUCUGGAGUCCCAUCCACCAGACUCACGGUGAUGAUGGGAGGAGCAUGGUUCCACGAAGUGUUCGGCGACCCCGAGAGCGUGUCGAAAGAGAGGCUGCUGGAGAGAGCGACCCAGGCUGUGACCGCUCACCUUGGGGUCACGGCGGUCCCUAUCUGGAGUCUUGUGGCUCUGCUUAAGGACUGCAUUCCUCAAUAUCAUCUUGGACAUUGGAAGCGACUAGAGACCAUGAGGACGUACAUCAGUGACCACAACCUCCCUCUGACGCUGGCAGGGGCCUCAUAUGACGGAGUCUCAGUCAAUGACGUCAUCUUCAGUGGACAAACAGCAGCAGAGAGUCUGGUGGGGGUAGUAUAAGUGUGUAAGAGCGCCUUUGUGCAUUUAUGAUUUAAGUUUGCUUUUUUACUUAAGCUAUUUUUUGCUUAGUUUACAUUUGUUUUUUGCUAUGACAAUUUAAAAAAUAUAUAAUUUAACGCUAUACAGGAAGAUAACAAUGUUGACGAUUUUAAAUCUCCAUAGCAUAAAUAAUGGAAAUAAUCUUACAUUUUGCCUUCAGUUUUCAACAAAUCGUUAUCAGCUUUUCAUUUGAUUUAUUAGAGUGUGAAAAAUAACAAGUUUGUCUCUCCCUUUUUAAUCACUAAGGUUGUAAUUGUUCCAAGAGCUUUAAACAAAACCACUGAACUAAUUUUGUUCAAGUUUAAGCACACUAUCAAUAUAAAAUUCUUUAUGUCUGUAUUUCCCAUUGUUGUCCCUGUUCCUUGUGAUAAAGGAUCAGAAACACAUUCAUUCACACAACAUUCAGGAGUAUGGCUGUGAAUGUGUUUGAGUGUGCCUUUCUACAGUUGUGAAUGUGAAUGUGACAUUGCUUACUGAAUGUGGCAUUUGGCAUCUGGUGGCGUUCAUGCUCCAUGCGGGGGCAUCGCCGCCAAGGUGGCCCAUUCGCUCCGAGCCUGUCCAAGCCGGCAGCUAGAACAGCAGCCCUUUGAAGCCUGGCUGUCCCUAAGCCUCCCUCACUGUGAGCACUGACCGCCCGUAUGAAGAGACUGGUUCAGGUAGAACAGUAGUCUUCCUGAGAGUGUGCUUAGCGAUCAUUCAAAUGUGACCAUAUCUAGAGUUUAUGGAGAAAUUACAUCUUUAUUUAUUCAAUACAAUUUGAUCAUAAUUAUGUAUUUUUGUACAUAGAUCUUUGUUUUGGCAAGCUGAGAAAUUAAUAAAUGGUUUUGCUAUGCCGUUGUGCUCUGUGACAGUAAAUCUGUUUUUAUAUUUGUGAUGGUUCGAGCAGGAGAAUUAAAGGAAUAUGUCAUUCUUGUGGUGUGAUGGUUCGGGCAGGAGAAUUAAAGGAAUAUGUUAUUC